AUGGAAUCCCCUACCCCACCUGCCGACAAGUCGGAUAUCCAGAAACGAAGACAUUCCCGUGCAGCCGCGACCUACCCCCGGAAACGAGCUACUCAGGCAUGCCAGACCUGUCGUCUUAAACGGACAAAGUGCGAUAAUACCCGACCCUCGUGUGCAUCGUGUGUGCGGCUCGGGGCGGAGUGUUCUUACCAGCAAAUGUGUUUGUCGACAUUUGAUUCCGCGAGCCUCUUUAUUCUGAAACGAAUCGAUGAUCUAGAAGCACUGAUCCAGAUCAAGGUAAACGAUCCACCUCCGGUGGCUCUGUCUAACGUUCUCCUUUCUACAUCGCCGUCUAGCAGUUCCCAUGGCACUUGGGCAUCUGGGCUGGAGCAGCAGACACAAUGGAAACCAUCUUUCAUCAACAUUGGGGAGGUUCUUAAGUGGCCUGUUUUCGAUAACCAUGAGUUUGAAACGCGGUUCCAUCUACUAUCUCCAUCCGACGGAAACAAUAUACAGCCCGACCUACAAUUUUCCGUCGACCUUGACCUCCAUGCAGCCGACCACCUUGUUCGGAGCUUUUUCGAUAAUGUCCAUAUUUUCAACCCGACGCUAGAAGAAGAGGACAUCAACGAAUAUAUGGCGACAGUGCGAUUGAAUGGUAUCGGGUGGGACGCAAUGUCUUGUUUGUUACUUCUCAUAUAUGCCAAUGGUUCAAUUGCAACGUCAUUUGUAAGGAAUGGACAAGGCGUAUCUCCUAGUCUGUUUCGCCAGUCAAAGGAGUUUCUCCAAGGUGAAGCGUAUUUCCUCGCUGCUCAGAAGCGAAUGGGCAUGUUGCUCUGCAGGAGCGGUGUAAUAGAGGCGCAAUGCUUCUUCCUAGCUGGUGUAUAUCUAAUGACAAAGUUGCGGUCAGUAGAGGCAUCGAGGAUGUUUGUGCAAGCACUGGCGUGCUGUGAGGGCUUCUCCAUCCUCCGCACAAAUGACCGCCAUGAAGAUGCGUGGGAGACGAAGCAGAGAGUAUACUGGACCUGCUUGAAGUCUGAGCUAGAGCUACGACUAGAAUUGAAUGUUUACCCAAAGAAUUUUCUGGAUCUCAAAUACCCUACCUUCUUUCCGUCACCUCCAGAAGAGCUGAAGUCCAGAGAUGAAGCCGCAUGGUAUUUCUAUCUCGCCGAAAUCGCUUUGCGAAGAUUGGAGAAUCGCAUUCUGAGCUACCUUUACCAACCUCACGCUGUUAUCUCAAAGCCCAACCUGGAAUCUGUAAUCCUUGACUUUGAGGAGCAAGCAGACGCAUGGCUGAGAUCCCUCCCAGAGGCAUUGGCUCCAGAUGUAGAAAACCCACAUACAGAUCAAUAUGAACCCUUCCGAUUCAUUCUCAGUGGUCAUUUCCUUGACUGCCAAGAGACAAUGUACUGGCACUUUUUGGUCGAAGCGAUACAUGGCCGAGGCGACGGAACCAGCGAUAGUCUUCUUCACAAAGGACUGAAGGUCUGUGUGAAUAGGAUACAGCAAAAUCGAACGGGAUUUUACCAUCGUCACCACGGAACAUGGCUGAUGCUUCGAUCGUGUGCAAGGAGUGCGUUAGUGCUACUCGCUGCUGAGCGCAGUGUGGAUCUUGUCUGUUUUCUGCCUAUCGGCUGGGAGAGAGCGGUAGUUGAUGUUACAGAGAUGUUGGAAUUCUGGAAACAUGAGUCGAAUGAUAUAAUGGGCUUGUUCAAUAUUGUGCAAACGUUGCUGCAGGCGAGGGCAAAUUAG